AUGGCAAGGCGACAGCGUGUGCCGCGCCUCAAGGAGCACCGGCGGAAACGCAACAAGAAUCCAAAGCUGUCACCAUUCCAGCGUGAGCAGAAGCGCAAGAAGAUGGCCAACCAGGCCCCGAUAUCGUCCAUGAAGCACGGCAGCCAGCGUGACUACCCCGUCAGUCAGAGAGCCGUGAUGGAGUACCUCAUGGUAAAGCAGCAGCGGCUGCAGGAACGGCGUCAACGGCGACAAGAACGUCUCCAGAGGAAACCAAGGGAAACGGAGGAAGAAACAUCAACUCCAACGGCAAGCAGCGAGAAAUUGUCUGAGUCCAACGGGGCGGCCUCCUCCUCUGCCGUCACUCCUUUUUUGGUCCCACAGACGACAUCUCCUUCCACCGCGGCCCCCCCUGUCACCGAGGUGGCGGCAAAGAAGCAUAAGACGCGGGAGGAAAACUGUGUGAAAAAGGCAAAGAAGACGUCACUCAUCACACCUAUAGCCCUCAACGCGGAAAUGGCUGCAUCGCUUGCACGCCCCAUCUUAGCCUUCAGAACACUCGAUACUGGCGCGAGCGAGAAGCAGGAAAAUACAGCGGAGGUCAUCAUUGCACGAAAGAAGGAAAAAAAGCAUCGAAAGAAGGCAGAAGCUCGACGGAAACGUGUGCAGGAGGCCCUGCGCGAGACGGAAGAGCAACUGAAGGAGGAAGUCCUUUCCAUGAAAAGUGGUAAGAGGCGCAGUAAGGCAGAUCGAGUGGACGCCAAGGAUGCCGCCUUUGAAAAGAAGCUGAAGCAAAUGCAGCAGGAAAAGCAAAAGGCAGAAGCGGCAACGGCGGCGGCGGAGAAACAGGCCGUGGGAAACGGUAAGAACGGCCAUAGUGAAAAGGAGAAUAAAAAAAGGAAACGCAAACGGAUCACAUUUUCUGACGAAGGUGAGGGCACGGGGGUGGAUGCCCCUCACAGGGCGAUGCGCUACCCAGGCGACAAGGGCUCUAAAGUGCCCCGUGACUUCUGCGAGUUGGUGGAUGUUGUGCGGUACGGCGAACGUGUGGAGGCUCCCCCCGUCUUUGAUGCCCUUCCGCGCCACGACGCCUCCAUCUCACGCCUCGCCGGAAGGCUGGAGUUCGCUUCGCGGGCGGCCUCCAAAAAGGGGGUUGCGCCGUCGCAGCAGGAGCGCCAGCAGCUCUUGUCGUCGGUGGGUGGUGUUGGGGAGGAACGGCGACUUGAGCGUCUCGGCUUGGGGCAUGUGGCCACGUCCGCGUCUGCGGUCCGCCCCAUAGGCGUGUCGCAGAAAUUGUCCAAGGAGGAAGAGAUGCGGCGAUUGCGUGAGGCUGUUAUGGACGCGUACCGCCGCAAUAGGCGCACGGGUGUGGAGGCGCGGAAGGGAGUGGACAUGCACCACCAAUUCCCGGCGUUCUCCUGA